AUGACCGAUCCAUCCGCAGCGGCAGGAGCUCAACAGCAGCAAAGCUACAAUCAGAUGUUGCUUCAAAUCCUGUCCCAGCAGCAGCAGCUGAUGGCUCAGCUCACGCAUCAGUUUUCUGCGACACAGAUCGCCAUGAAAUCGCUAGCGAGAGACGAGAUAGCCUUGGAUUCACUCUCCAGCAAUAUAGUUGAGUUUGCCUAUGAUCCGGAGCACGGAUCCACCUUCGACACGUGGUACUCGAGGUAUGCUGAUUUAUUCGACAAAGAUGCCAGCAGCCUGGAUGACGAUGCGAAGGUCCGACUUCUGAUGCGGAAAUUGAAUCCAGCAGUGCACGAGCGGUAUAGCAGUUUCAUCCUCCCAAAGCAGACGAAAGAUUUUUCGUUCGCGCAGACCAUUGAGAAGCUGAAAGCUAUUUACGGAUCGCCAGUGUCAAUUUUUCAUCGCCGAUAUCAGUGUCUUCAAACAGUCAAAGAAGAUGCAGAUGACUUUGUGACAUAUUCUUGCAAAGUUAACAAGUCGUGUGUUGACUUUAAACUUCGUGACUUGUCUGAGGAGCAGUUUAAAAGUCUAAUCUUUGCCUGUGGAUUAAAGUCACCGAAAGAUUCCGACAUACGCAUGCGGUUGAUUACGAAGCUCAACGAGACGGCAGAUAUCUCACUGGAGAAAAUUGUAGAAGAAUGCAAGCAGCUAACGAAUCUGAAGCAGGACAACAUUCUGGUGGAGAAUGCGCAUGCAGCAGCAACAGCAGUGCGAGCAGUGCAUCAAAACCGAUUCGUGAAGCAGAAAAAUAAACCACAAAGUUCCGGUAACAAACCAAAUAGUGAGCUACCCAGGACCCCGUGCUGGUCUUGCGGAGGCAUGCAUUAUACAAAAGAUUGCCAAUACCGUGAACACCUGUGCCGUGACUGUAAGAAGAAGGGGCAUAAGGAAGGCUAUUGCGGUUGUUUUUCGAAGAAGCCUGCGAAGAAGAAAUUCGAGCCGAGAAAGCAAAAGGACGUGAACGUUGUGUCGGUCAAAAACGUUAGCCAGAGACGGAAGUAUGCUGAAGUUCAGAUCAACAAAGUACCAGUCCAAAUGCAAGUAGAUUCAGCGUCGGAUAUCACUAUCAUUUCCGAUGCGACAUGGAAGCGGAUUGGACAACCACAGGGUGAUACUCCGUCAUGCGACGCUAGAACUGCUUCAGGAGAGCCACUCAAUCUCGCUUUGGAAUUUUGGUGUGACGUUGAGCUCAGUGGCAUCAAUAAACGAGGUAUGUGUCGCGUUGCAUCUUCUAACCUUGACCUGAAUAUUUUAGGUUCCGAUUGGAUGGAGUUGUUUAAUCUGUGGGACGUACCAAUCAGCCAGUUUUGUCACAGAAUCAACGACCAGUCGGAACAAGGUAUCGAAGCAAUACAAGCUCGUUUUCCGAAGGUGUUCACCGAGAAAAUGGGCCUCUGCACAAAAACGAAAAUCCAGUUCACUCUGAAAGGAGACACGAAACCAGUUUUUCGACCCAAGCGUCCUGUAGCAUACAGUGUGCAAGUAGCAGUCGAAGAGGAAAUCCAGCGUCUUUUGAGUUUGGGUAUUCUUAAGCCGGUUGAGCAUUCGGAAUGGGCCGCGCCUAUCGUUGUUGUGCGGAAACCGAAUGGACGGGUACGCAUAUGUGCUGAUUUUUCUACGGGUCUGAACAACGUGCUAGAGCCAAAUCAGUACCCGUUGCCGUUGCCGGAGGAUAUUUUUACUAAAAUGGCUGGGUGCAAAAUUUUCAGUCAUUUGGAUCUCUCCGAUGCGUACUUACAAGUGCAAGUUGAUCAACAGGACCAGCAACUACUAACCGUCAACACCCACAAGGGAUUGUUCCAGUAUACUCGCCUCACUCCCGGUAUCAAGGUAGCACCGGGCGCAUUCCAGCAGCUAAUGGACACUAUGAUGAGUGGACUUAGCGGUACGAGUGGAUACAUGGAUGACAUCCUCAUUGGUGGCCGAACACAAGUAGAGCAUGACACUAACCUCAACGCCGUACUGCGCCGUCUGGAAGAGUAUGGAUUCACGUUACGGAUCGAUAAGUGUAGCUUCAAUAUGCGACAAGUAAAAUAUUUGGGGCAGAUUAUGGAUGGUGAAGGGAUCAGACCGGAUCCUACCAAAGCUGCGGCUAUCGCCAACAUGCCACCCCCGCACGACGUACCGUCUCUUCGUUCGUAUCUCGGAGCUGUGAACUACUAUGCAAAGUAUGUUCCCGAAAUGCGUAAGCUGCGCUUCCCAAUGGAUCAACUACUCAAAGCAGGCACAAAGUGGGAAUGGUCAGCAGCGUGUCAACGGUCAUUCAACCAGUUCCGGAAAAUUUUGCAGAGUCCGUUGGCAUUAACACACUACAACCCUAAUAUGGAAAUUAUAGUGUCGGCGGACGCAUCGCAGCAUGGAAUUGGAGGUCGUAUAGCACACAAAUUUCCUGAUGGGACAAUCAAGGCGAUUGCGCACGUGUCUCGCGCAUUAACCAAAGCCGAAUCCAAUUACAGCCAGAUAGAAAAGGAAGCGCUCGCACUGAUUUUCGCCGUUACCCGCUUCCAUCGGAUGGUUUUUGGUCGACAUUUUGUCCUCGAAACGGAUCAUAAACCGUUAUUAUCUGUUUUUGGGUCCAAGAAAGGAAUACCGGUUUAUACGGCGAAUAGACUGCAACGAUGGGCAUUAACUUUGCUUCUAUAUGAUUUCAGCAUCAAGUACGUCAAUACCGAGAGUUUCGGUUAUGCUGAUAUCCUGUCGCGGCUGAAAAACACUCACAUUCGGCCAAACGAGGAAUAUGUCAUCGCUUCAGUUGAGUUGGAGGAUUCUAUGCUCGACAUCAUCAAGCAGUCAAGAGAGGUCCUUCCAGUAACAUUCAAGUCUGUUCAAGCUAAUACAGAUGUAGACGAAAUCCUUAGGCAGGUUAAGCAGCAUGUGCAGACAGGUUGGCCUAUACGGAAGAAUGUCAUCGAAAAUUCCCAAAUCCAACAGUUCUUUGACCGGCGUGAUAGUCUUUCUGUCAUCUCGGGUUGCAUUUUCUACGGUGAACGACUGGUAACUCCAAGCAAAUUCCGGGACAACGUACUCCAUUCACUGCAUAGAGGACAUCCUGGAAUUGACCGAAUGCGAUCGGUCGCCCGAAAUUAUGUCUACUGGCUAGGUAUCGACGAGGACGUAGCAAAUUUUGUUCGUUCUUGUACAAAUUGUUCCAGAGCAGCUAAGACAAAUAUCAAAACAAAUUUAGAGUCUUGGCCUAUACCUACACACCCGUGGCAACGUGUGCAUGCAGACUUUGCCGGUCCCGUAGAUGGACAAUUUUUCUUGAUAGUUGUAGAUUCGUUCAGCAAGUGGCCAGAGGUUGUACCAUCCAAGCGAAUCACCACUGCAGCCACUUUAGCUAUGUUCAGGGAAAUAUUCGCCAGACAUGGUAUGCCAGAAACAUUAGUAACCGAUAAUGGUACACAAUUUACCAGCGCUGAAUUUGCGGCAUAUUGUGAAACCAAUGGAAUCCUGCACUUGAAAACCCCAGCCUACCAUCCUCAGUCGAAUGGACUCGCAGAACGGUUUGUCGAUACGUUCAAGCGAACCAUGAAGAAGAUUUCAGCGGGGGGAGAGGCCCUCCGUGAGGCGUUAGAUACAUUUCUAUUGUGCUACCGUUCUACCCCAUGUCGCAGUGCACAGGAAGGCAAAUCACCAGCAGAAUUGCUACUAGGCCGAAAGCUGAGAACAUCACUUGAUUUGUUGAAGCCGCCCUCAUCGUACUACAAGCCGAUGAAUGCAAAACAAGAUCUUCAGUUUAAUCGGCGACAUGGUACCAAAGCUUCCAGCUAUGAUGCUAAAAACGACGUUUGGGUCAAAGUGCAUCGAAACAACUCGUGGACCUGGGAACCUGGAACAAUAGUUGAAAGAGUUGGAAAAGUCGUAUACAAUGUGUGGUUAUCGAAACAGCAGAAACUCAUCCGAUCCCAUUGUAACCAGUUACGAAAGCGGUUCGUUGCAGAAGAGACCAAACCAGUAAAGCAGCAGUCGUUCCAGAUACCACUCAGCAUUUUACUGGAUUCUUGGAGCCUCAACCAGCAGACAAAUGAAACCCAGUUUCCAGAAUCACCAAUGCCAGUACAGUCAUCAUCAUCCGAAAAUCAUGUUCUGUGUGAACCUGAACCUAUGGAGGUUCCUCAGCAUACAGCUCCUUUGCCAGAAGCUACUACUCAGCAAAAACUUCCACUUCGCCACUCUUCGAGGACCAGAAGAGCACCCGUGAGGUAUGACCCAUAUCAUCUCUAA